AUGGAAUAUUUAUUCAAAUCUCUUUUAAUAUCGCCAUUAACAACAAUACAUCCUUGUCGCUUUUCUCUUUUCAAAUUCGUGCUUAAUCUUAUUCUAUCUAUCUAUCUAUCUAUCUAUCUAUCUAUCUAUCUAUCUAUCUAUCUUCAAUUAUAUCUUCCCUCUUACUCACGGAUUUCUCUUAUUUUCUUCUUUCAUCCAGUGACAGUUCGUUUCUUCAUUGCCUAUCUUUUCUCCCCUCUUUUUUUUUCCUUUUUAUUUAAACAGAUUUAUUUACUUUUUUCUUUCGGCUUUCUGUUUCUUGUUUUUAUAUUGCUUUCCGCCAUCUUCUUUUACCCAAAUCAUUUUCUUCAUAAGUUUACUUAUUUAUGUUAUGCUCAUUGCAUCUCUUUUAUUUACCCUGGCCUCGUCUUUUUCUUUAUUUUUUUUCUUUCAUUCUAUCUCAAUGUUUCUUGUCUUCGAUUUUCUUUUCAUUUGACAUUCAUUGUUACUUUCUUUUCCAAUCUUUCCUUUUAUCUUUAUUUCUCAUUUUAUAUAAAACUUUCUUUCUCAUAUAUUUCUUUCUUUCUUUUCUUUUUCUUUCUUUCUUUCUUUCUUUUUUUUCUUUUUUCGUUCUUUUACUGUCUCUUUCUUACACUUUUUUCUUUCUUUCUUUCUUUUGAAAUUCGUUCUGUUUCUUCCACAUUUCUUUCUGUCUAUCUAUCUUUCUUUUCUUCCGGUUUAAAUUAUUUCUGUCUUGCCCCGCAUUUCCAUUCUCUCUUAAUUUCUUUCAUUCAUUUUCCUUUUUAA